AUGAAAGAACUGAGUCAGCAAUAUCAUCAAAUUCAACAAUAUGAAUUACAUGCCGGUCGUUUAAGAAAAGAGGGCAAAUAUACAGCACAACUUCAUGAAAAAGCAUAUCAACGCUUGAAAUAUGAAAAAAACCCCUCUGUGGGCGUUGUUAAAAGUGUUCUACAUAUGCUCAGCAAUAACGACGUCGAUUUUGACGAAGAUCUUAUUAUUGAAGAUUUACGUCAAAAGGUAAUUGAAUCCAUUCAAGAGAACAAUCAACUUGACAGUCAAGCUAGAAUGAUCGAUAUCCAAAUCGCACUGUUGGUUAAAAAUGCUGUCACCCUGGAUGAAGUCGUGAAAUUGAGUAAUGCCUUUUUCGGUCAUACACGCAAAAAGCAACGACAACAACGAUUCUCUCAGAUACUGUCCUCAAGUGCCUCCAGUAAUCCGUAUGAUUUGCGUGGUGUGGACAAAUCCCAUCGCGAAAAAUUAGAAUUAUAUCAGCAGCUUGUUUAUUUACUACAAACUGAACCUGUUUAUCUAGCACGCCUUAUGUCUGUUGCUGGUGGCCAAGUUCAAGCUGAGAAAAAGGGCGAACGUAAGGUAGAUGCUACUGUCCUCGCGUUAUUUGGUUAUGGCACUAAUGCCCGUGAAGAAUGCCUAUUGAUCAAUUUAUGCAAGGCCUGUAUCGUACAAGAGAUGAAGCACGUAAAAAAUCCUCAAGAAUUUAUGCGAGGCAACUAUACCUUUAUGAAGCUUGUUGUUCAAGUCAACCGUGGUGCGAAAGAAAGAGAAUUCUUUUCUUCUCUUUUCCAAGACUUAUUUGACAAGGUAUUAAAUGACAAUGACCUCGAUUUGGAGACAAAUCCUAUGAUCAUAUAUAAGAAAUGUAUCAGUCAAGAAGAAUCAGCAUCUGGUCAGCCAUCAAAAAGACCGUAUGACAUUACCUUAGCACAAGCACUUCAGGAGCCUGAUGUUACACGUAUUCUUUCUGAACAUCUUGCCUCACUUCGCAACAUCACAGAGGAGUUUUUGAAAGCUAUCAUUAAGACCGUCAAGACAAUGCCAUAUGGCAUGCGGGUCAUUGCUAGGGAGCUUCGUUUAGUCAUGGAAGACAACUUCCCUGAAGAGCCUUCUGAAGAAAUCAUAAAAAUUCUUGGUAACUUUAUCUAUUACAGAUAUCUCAGCCCAGUCAUCACAGCACCUGAGCAAUAUGUGACAGUGGGUCACGACAUUACCACAGGACAACGAAAAAAUCUUGCAGAGAUUUCUAAAAUGUUACAACAUAUUUCCAACGGAAAAGGUUUCGAUGCGCAUAAUGUUCAGCUCAAUGCUUUGAAUGAAUACAUGCAACAAGCUUCGGAGAGAUUUACACAGUGGUUUUUAGACUUGACCGAUGUAGAAGAUCCAGAAGAGCAUUUCGGUAUGGAUCAUUUGUCAGAUUAUACAAAUACACAAAAGCCCACAGUAUAUGUUCAUCCUGUUGAGUUGUACCAUAUUCAUCAACUACUGGAAGAAAAUGUUGAAUUCAUCGAACGAAACAAUACUGGCAUUUUGCAUUCUAUUUUAGCAGAGUUGGGCGAGGCCCCUAAAAACUUUGAAGCAAGUGCACCUUUGCAUGUUCUCCGUCUUGAACUGAGUGAUCGUCGCGAAAAUAUACCUACAGAAGCAGGCGGUGAUAUAAAAAAACUUCUUUUGGAUACAAAGCGAUUAGUGAUGCUGGUCAUUCAAGUCCAAUCAGGACCGACUCUAGAAGAUAUAUUCAAGGAACCUGUAACAGAAGAGCAUGAAGAUAUUUGGAAGCUGGUACGUGAGCAAGCUUUCCCUUCAGAGGGUUCUGAACAAGAAAUGGAAAGAGCGAAUCGCGAAAGGCAUUUCAAGUUCGGCUAUCAGAAUGCUUCAAUGGACGUUAAAGAGUUAAGCUUUUCGAAGCUCAAGUCUUUUACCUUUACACUUCAUAACCAUUUGAUGAAGCAUGGGAUUAUACCAGAAAGUCCUGGAUAUCAAAGCAUUAUCAAUAUGAUUGCUGUUGAUAUCACUAAGAAGGGCGAGCGACGAAAGCUUCGUAACGCCGAGAUAAAGAAACUUCAAAACAUUCUCAAACAUCUGCAGGAGAAAAAGCAGUUCUUAGUCGAUCAAGGCGCUAGUUACAAAGAAUAUCUUGACGGCUGUAUGAAAAACAUGGCUGAAAAACGAGGAAAGAAGCAGAAGUUUGUAUUUCCUUUUACGAAACAAUAUUUCCAUAUGAAGAAUUUGCAGCGUCGUGGAUUGGUGCCAAAAUUCGGCUCUUUCAAAUACACAGCAAAGGCGCUUUAUGACAGGGGCAUUAUCAUUGAUUUGGUUGGCGUACCAAAGAAGCUUUAUGCUCGUAUCACUAUUAUUUUGUCAAUGGAUCGUGCUGGUAUCAUUACAUUUGAGGGAUAUUUUCCACUGUCACAUAACCAGGAUUUGCAUGUAGAUGUGCAGUACGAGGAUCUGCUACAGACACAAUAUGAAGGUAUACAAACAAUGAAAGUUUUAGAUGGAAUGGCUACAGUCAACGUCAAUCUAUUAAUAUAUCUGAUCAAUAAGAAGUGA